UCAGGCGGGAGUCGUGUAGCAGUAUAUAUUGCAGGUGCUUUGAACAGGAGACACAAUUCAAGUCAUCCAGUACGCAGCACCAUGAAGCCUGUGGUCAUUCUGACGGUUGUGGCAGCGAUCUUCGCCCACGAAGUGUCCAGCAGUCCUACGCAUUCCCCUUGUAAGCAGGUCCGUGAUAUUGGCGACAGGCUCUACAGACUCCGCAUCCCAAACACUUACGAUGUGGUGAUUCUCCGCGACAGCCUGCUAGCAACAUACCACCAGCUACUCAACACUGUCUGCAACAGUAGCGCCAGCAACACUGCAAACGUGCCCUACUCCUUCUCCAUCCCUAGAUACCUUCAUUAUUCCUCCUACAACCCCUCUAUCCUCGUGUCUCACUCUCUGCAUGCUGGCGACUACUGAGUUUAACGACUGGGCAUUACAGUACGCGAUGUGCCCGCGGGAGCAUCCACCAAUGAUCCCUCGUGGCACAGUUCCUGACGACAACGCUCAUUACCACACACGAUCCCCAACAUACUGCUUGUUUUGUCAUACAGGUGCACAUCCCAAUAAAACUGAACCUGCCAGGUA